AUGCAGACCGACAUGAACACCGCUGACUCAACAAUUUGGAAGUUUGUGAUCGCCCCUGUUUUAAAGUUUUGCAAAAUAUUUGCCAUAACACCAUGGGAUUCAUCCAAAACCGUGGACACGUCAAGGCAAAACAAAUUAUACAAGUGCUAUGCGUUGUUUUUGAUCACGACGUUCCUGUUGAGCUUGGCCAGUGCCAUUUAUGGUGUGGUGGUUUAUUUCCCGACAACUUCCACGGGAAAAAUAAUGAAAAUCAUCGACAGCAUCCUAUUUUUCUCCAUCACGGCGGCAAAUCUAACGGCAAUAUCGGUUACGGUAUUCCUCAAGUCGGAUGUUAUCAAGGAUUACAUGUGCAAAGUUGUGGUGAUCGACGAUUUUCUACCGAUGAAAAGAUGCUCUCGCUUCUUCUGGAAGAUGAUGAUCGGGUUUUCGAUUAUUGUUGGCGUUACAGUUUGCCUGGACAGUGUCAUAUCCAUUUCAUCCGGUGGCUGGCACUAUUUUCGGUUUUACAUAUUCAGAGAGUACCAAUACGUCCACUAUUCCGUCAUGGUUUUCGCCUCGUUUUACUUCGCUUGCAUCAUAAGGUGUAAGCUAAUUUUAUUGAACAAAUUCUUAACGGACUCGGUCAUACUACAACUGACGGACGAGACCAAAACGGAAUUGUGGCCGGUGAUGGACCCGGAAUUGUCCGGAUUCAUGAAAAUCGAUCACAAGUUCCAUUGUCAGAUGUUGAAGAAUGUGGCAAAGUGGUACAACCUUAUCGCUGAUUUGGUUGAAGUUUACAACAGUAUUUUUGGGCAGUUAAUUUUUAUCGUCACCUUGUGCACCAUCACUUUAUUGUUGAACUACGUCGUCAUUUUGAUUGUCGGACAGUUCAAAUUGCAACUAAUCAUUUUGGUCGUGUUAUGGGUUGUUGUAGCAUUGGCCCAGACUAUCAUGUUAGCCAACGCUUGUGAUGGAGUAGCGAAAGAAGCUAAGAGAACCUCAGAAAUAUGCUACUUGUUACUGAACGAACUCCCAACAUUUCCAAAAGUGGAUAAAGAAAGAGUGAUCAAGGAAGAUUUACUGUUGAUUGCCCAACAAGCAGUUUGCAGAAGCCCUUGCAUUUCAGCUUCCGGCUUCUUCAUAGUAAAUCAUUCAAUUUUAGGAUUUAUACUUGCUAGUGUUACUUCUUAUAUGUUAAUAAUCAUUCAAUUAACUUUCAUUACAAAAAUUGAACCAAUUGAAGGAAAAAAACAACGAAAAUUAUAA